GGGGCGGGCGGAGCGCGCGGGGUCUGCCGGGAGCCGCCAUGGCGCUGUCGGAGGAUGCGCUGCGGAAGCAGCUGGGGAAGUAUAAGUUCAGAGACCUGACCAUAGAAGAAAUGAAGAAUGUUAACAAGAUCUACCCAAACUUCACAUUCUCCAUUAACACCUACACCUUCAAGGAUGGAUCCCAGAAGGACCUCCUGAAUUUUAGUGGUACUGUUCCAGUGAAAUAUGGUAAUUCCUAUAACAUACCAAUUCAUCUGUGGAUUCUGGAUUCUCAUCCCUUUGCUCCCCCCAUUUGCUACUUGAAGCCAACCAUGAACAUGGGCAUUGCAGUGGGGAAGCACGUGGAUGCCCAUGGCAGGAUUUAUUUGCCCUACCUGCAGAACUGGAGCCAUCCAAAAUCAACUGUCAUUGGAUUAAUCAAGGAAAUGAUUGCAAAAUUUGAGGAAGAGCUCCCUUUAUAUUCACUGUCACCUCUGGAUGCAGCCAGACAAUCAGAACUUCUCUCCUACAUUGCAAAUAUUACUGAAGGAGACACUGACAUGAAAUCCAAGAGUAAAAUUUGUGGUGGCAAAUAUGAAGGAUGUUUUAACAAGAUUACUGUUGUUGGGGCUGGAGAUCUUGGCAUUGCAUGUGUGCUAGCUGUUGCAGCAAAGGGUGCUGCAGACAAGGUGGUUCUUCUGGACCUUUCUGAAGGUGCAGCAAAAGGAGGGACCAUGGACCUGGAGAUCUUUGCUCUGCCAAAUGUGGAGAUCAGCAAAGAUUUUUCUGCUUCAGCUGAUUCAAAAGUUGUGAUACUUACAGUUAAUUCUCUGGGUAAUGCUCAGACUUACCUUGAUGUCAUACAAAGCAACGUGGAUUUGUUUGGAGGAAUUAUCCCAGCAAUAUCCCACUACAGUCAGAAUGCUGUUCUCCUUGUUGCUUCUCAUCCAGUUGAAGUAAUGACAUACGUGUCAUGGAAGCUGAGUGCAUUUCCCCAAAACAGAGUUAUUGGAGUAGGUGCCAGCCUAGAUACUGAGAGAUUCCAGUACAUACUGACAAACCUUCUGAAAGCACAGCUGCUGGCAAAAGAUGCUUGGAUUGUUGGUGAACAAGGUGAAGACAAAGUACCAGCAUGGACCAGCUGUAAUUUAUUUGCAAAUCAAACUGAAGCAAUGACUGCUCGUAACCUAAGGGAAAAGGUGGCUAACAGAGCUAUGGAAGUUCUAAAGGAAAAAGGGCAGAGGUCUUGGUCUGUUGGGCUCUCAGUUGCUGAUUUGACUGACAGUAUACUGAGAGAUAAAAGAAAAGUUCAUUCUGUAUCCACUCUGGCAAAGGGAUGUUGCAAUAUAAACAGUGAAGUGUUCUUAAGCCUCCCCUGUAUUCUUGGAACCAACGGAGUGAUUGAAAUGGUCAAACUAGAAGAAGAUCCACUAGUGCAAGAGAAGCUGCAGAGCUGUGCAGGAUCAAUUCAUGACCUUCAGCAGCAGCUGAAACUGUAAGCAAGCAGGAGGGAAGCCACAGUGUCUGCUCACAGGGUGGACAUUUGCUAGGCACAAAGGUUUGCUUGGUAUAUACACAGGUUUCUAUGUAAAACAAGAAGGCUUUUUACUUUACUUUCAAAAAGUGCUUUUCCAGUUUUGGUUUAAAUAUUUAAUACUGCCCUGCACAGUAAUUUCUUUUUUUUUUGAAAGGUGCACUUUUGUGAGCCAGACUGAGGUGGGGAAACGUGUAAGAAUGCUUUACCUACAUUAAGGUGACUUCUGCCUGUUGUUUUUUGUUGCUACUUAUAGCUUGCUUCUUGAGUUGUUCUUAGCUCUUUGCACCCCUAUUAGGACACAGUCUUGGAGAGCAGCUCACCCAGCUCUGCAGAAGCUCCAGAGCCAAACAGAACUCUUCCUCCUGCUUUUGCAGGGCUGCAUCAGUAAAUAUGGCCAGUAAAGACAGCCACACUCCAGCUCUUCAGAGCACCACGGGCUGCAGGUUGCUGGAUCUUUCAUUCCUGUCACAGAUGCUCUGACAUCAGUGUGAGGGGGAAAGCUAAAAGCAUGAUGUUAGCAGCAUCCUGCAAACCCAGAGUAUUGGACAGGAAUUUCUGUUGUGUGUUUACUGAAAUCUGAGACUUGUGGUCAUGACUUGUUUGCUCUGGUUUUGUAAGGGUGUUCAGAGGCAGCUGCAGUUCCCAGUACAUCUGUGGCACAGCACUGGAGCAGCAGGUGCCCUUCCUGGAAGGGAGGAGCAGAAUAAAACCUGACAGUGAAGUAGCACAGGAGUAUCUGUGAGGUCAGGCCUGGUUCCAAAUCAAGCUGAUGUCAGUAAGCUUUGCACCCUCAGCCUGAGGAGGCAAGAGAACCUGUAACCCUGCUCAGGGGAGGCCAGGGGUGCAGUGAAAAGGCAGGAGGUGUAUUUGCAGAUCAGUAAAGCAGGGGUUUAAGAUAGGGGGGUUCUGAGCAUUCUGACCUCUUGAUUCACUGCUCUGGUACAUGGCUGCAUUCACCUCAGCACCAGGAUGCAGGCAGAGGAGAUGUGGGCUCCACUUGUGCAGUGUCAGAAUUGGCAAGUGUGACUGCUUUAAUAAUGGGGAAGCUGUCUAAGCAAAAGCAGGAUCUGUGUCAGAGCAAAACCCCAAUCCCUUUGUGCCUUCCAGCUGUAGCUCACUAAGAACCAAACUCACAAGGAAUUCCGAGCUAAUGCAGAGCUCAGAAUUAAGAUAAAAGCAGAAGGGAAAAAGUCAGUAAUGCAGAAUUGGUUGUGUUGCUUUUCUUUCACGGAAUACUCGGGUUUCCUUCUCGGUGAUCAGGAGGGGCAGGAGGGGAGGUGAUGGCUGCAGGGACUCAACUUUGGUGCUACCUGAGCAAACCCCACCCCAGCGGGGCAGGACUGAGGGGUGCUCAGCUUUUAUUCUCUGACUUUGGGAGAAGCUGCAUAAGACCGUGGGUUCCCGUUGUUCUCCAGGGUGCUGUGUUCCAUCUGUUGGGCGUUUAUUUUCGUGUGAAAACGCCGGGUUUUGGGGUUCUUCGGGGGGCUUUUAGUGACUGUUUUCAUUAUCAAAAGCCGCAGAGUCUUGCAGAGCUGUCGUGUAGGUUGAUGCUUGUGUUAUAAAACAACUGAUCUUGCCUAUUGCGCA